UGCUGGACUUUCAGUCUGCUCUGUCUUUCUGCUAUGUAUACAAUUUUCACGAUCGGUUUUUAUUGAGAUUUUGCAAGUGACAACAAUAAAAUUCGUGUGUUAAUUUUAAAAUUCUCUACACUUAGUCAAUUCUUUGUACUCUGAGUCAAUUCGUAAGGCUUGUCUAGGAUCAAAGUCUGAAAUUAGGGUAUUUCGUUUUUGUAGAUACCGUAACAAUAAAGACUGUGACACUUUUGUAUCUUUAUUAAUGCUAGAGCUAGUUGUCAACAUUUAUUUUUGAAUUUUAGUAUAUUUGAGGGGUAUUUUUGUAGAGGAGUGACAAAUACUUUUAAAAAGUGUAGUGGUUGAUUUGAGAUUACAUUCUGCCAAAUAUAAUACGAAUUGUUUCUGGAGCGAAGUGAACACAACAUCAGCACUCAAGCUGAGCCUAGCUGUACAUUCUCUAUGAAUCUGGACUGAAAAAGAUGCUGGCCGUGAUGAGCGAAGAGCUCAGCAGUGGAGGGGGUGCCGGUGGUGGGGGCGGUAGUCCGGGGGCUGUAGGGGGUGAAGGCCAGUGCCGUGACGUCACACAGGACUUCCUGACAACAGGCCGGGUGGGGAGACGCAAUGCUCUGCCUAACAUAUUGGGUGAACAUGCUCGGCUGUCCACCGCUCAACUGCCUGAUCAGAUGAGCUGUCUAUCCGUUAAAGACGAUGGUAGCAAAAGUCAACAGUCGACUUCUUCGCAAAACUCUCACACGGCCGGGGGGUCAUCGCAGCCCAAGAGUUGAGGGGAGAGAGAAAGAGAGAGAAAACGAGAAUAGAGAGUGAGACAAUGAGUGAUAAGGCCCCUUCCUGGCAGACUACGAUUAUUACACCACCAAAGUAUGGAUGACAUCCCCUACUCCUAGUGUGAAUGUAUGAAAGAAAAAGAGAGAACUAGUGUGAAAAAGAGGGAGAAUUAUGUGUAAAUGAAAAAAGAACGAAUGAUUGUCGAUGUAACCAGUAAAAAUCCACCUGUCCUAAAUAGAGUUGAUCCAAAAAUUUAUAAAUUUGGACGUGGAAGUUUUAUGGUGGACUUCAUUGUUUGUAUAGAUGGAAAAAUAGAAUUUAGCUAGAUGUUCAGAAAAUUGUCUUAGCGUUUGUAACACAAUAUCUGGUAAGUGUUGAAUUAUUUAUUUUUAUUCUUUUUUGAAUAUUUAUUUACGUUUUUGUGUAUGUGUUGUUAGUUUUAUUAACACCAUCAUACAAUAAUAUUUAUAAACUAAAUAGUUGUUUGUUUUAGUUGCAGUAAUGUAGGGUUUAAAUUAUUGAGUGCGAACUAGAUUCAGUUUGUCAGCUGAAUUAUGAUUGUAUACACCGUUAAUCUUGGAUUAAAUUUAAUUGUAGUUUAAAGCAAGGCUAACAUUAUCACUAUGUAGAAAAUUGGUGAUCAAAUUUGAUUGGAGUUUGUGUAACUAGCAAAAUUUAGAAUUGAAAUAUUUAUUAAUUUUGUUCAAAAUGUUGGUGAGUUAUUCUAUUUUUAAAAAUUGGAUAUAUAAUUUCUACUAAUAGACUAUUAUAAUUGUAAUGUUCCUUCCCAUCUGUUGCUAGUAUUCCUCUACAUCCUCAAUAUUAUAUCUUUUUAAGUUUCUCAUGAAACUACUUCCCAUUUUCUCCUCAUACAGUACUACUUUUCCUGGAUCUACUUCUCAUUCCACUUCUCAUCUUUCUCUAUUCUCUAGCGAAGAUUACUACGUGUAACAUCAAGGAAUCCAUAGACAAUGUCAAGUCACAAGCUCUCGGUUCUUUAGUUGGAUGGGUGUCCAACCGUUCAGUUGCAGCUACAACUUUAUGUUAGCAGCUAAAUAUUAGCUGUAUUAUCAUGUUUAGCAUCAAUGUAGCAGCUGAUUCUCUCCUGUCAUUGGUUCGGAAUCCACCUGAAUGUUUUCGCACAAAUUAGCCGUAGUGAGCCAUUCACUUUAAAACUGUCAGCUUUGGUUCAAUGGAGAGCAUUGAUGACUGUUGGAAGUUAAUUUCAAUAUAGAACUGUAAGAUUUAACUACUUGUGAAGGUUUUAACCAAAUAUGAAGAAAUAAUAUAGUCAUUAACACACAAAAAAAAACAUGAAAAGUAAUAUUAAGUGCCAGUUGCACAAAAGCCGGUUGAAUUUUAACCGUGAUUGGUUCUUUUGGAAUUAAUCACGGUUAAAUUUAACCGGAUUUUGUGCAACCGGCACUAAGUGUUGUUACAUUAAAGUUUAAUCAAGUUCUGAUUUCUGAUCCAUUGUAAAAUUUGAUCAAAGAUUAAAACUUCUUUCAUCUAAAACUGAGACUUGUUAGAAUGGACAUUAAACUUCUUUGAUCGAAAAUUAAAACUAGAUGUGACUUUUUUCCAACUGGCUGUAAAACAUAAUUUAACUAUAAAAUAAUAAUAUUACAAUCUUAUCUAUUGAGUCUCUAAUUUGAUCUAAAAUCAUAACCAUCUGCAUUUAUUCAGGUCAAGUUUUAACAUAAUAUGUAAGUUUUCGAGAAAUUUAUAUCUCUAUGAUAAUUAUCAUGUCUUCCGGACUAGAUUGUUAGACAAGCAAUUGUUUGGACAGAUCUAACAUUUUAUGGAUGGUAGAUUGGUAGACGAUGUUUUUAACUUGAAAAACUUUUACAAAGGUAUAGAAAGGCAGUAAGAUCAAUAACUAUUGCAAUCACAGUAUAUCAUAUUAGAAUUAAGUUUAAUUUAAAAUUAAAUUAAAUAUUGUUAUUCACUCCAAGAUACGUUCUCUGUUCUAUCUUGAUAAGAUAUUCCAGUUACAAGAAAAAACUAAUUAGCGAUUUAAUUAAUUGAAAUUUACUUCAAGUUACUUUCUCUUUCAGGCUACACUAUAUCUUGAUAAGAAACUUCGGUCUCGAGAAGAAUCUCAGUCUUCUUAAAGGCUGAUUCCCACAUAUCGGUAUCAGUGAACGUGUCCGGCACAGUGCGAAUAUUAUUCCCAUGAGUUCAAAUGGGACUAUUCAUACUCGCUUGACUACGCUGCGUGUGAAAAGUCCCAUUAGAAGUCAUGGGAAUCAUAUUUUUACUAUACCGGUCACUUACUCUGAUACUGAUAUGUGGUGAUCCAGCUUUAGGCUAUAGUUUUUUAUUUCUCGGUUAAUCUGGUUUCAUUUCAAGUUAAAUCUAGACCAAAUUGUAAUUCAUAUAAACUAUAUACUGUAGUUCAACAUUGAAUUUGAAGUAAUUUUGUACUUCAAGCUUUUUCUUGUGACUGAACCAUCUAUAUCUCUGGUCCUAGUUCUUCUAAAUUUUCAAUUUAGUCUCUUUUUUCGAUCCUUUUGUCUCCAACUGUUUCUUGAUACUAGAUCAUUUGUGUCUCUUUCUGGUCUUUCUCCACCAAAUCAUCUUCUAUCUUCUCACAUUUUAUUUAAUUCCUCCAACCUCUUUAUCCCACCAAAUAGUGCUAAUUGUAGAAUUUGUAAAAGACUAUGUCGAAGAAGUUAUUGAAAAAAUUGUGUAGUAGUGAAGUACCAAAUUAUUGUAAAAUGCUAUGUUGACGACUAUAUUUAAAAAUAAUUUAUUGGUGUAGUAGUGAGGUUGAUGUUCUUAUUCUAAAAAGAAAUUUAAUCUUGAAAGACUUCUAGAAUGUUCUAAAUAAUUGAAGAAUGUUUCCAUCGAAAAAGUUGAAUCCUUGUGAAAUACUUUGAAUUCUGCCUUACUUGGCCUAGCUGAAUAUCUAUAUUGUACUUUUAUGUGUUGUCUGUGUUUCAUAUGAAUCUAUUCAAAACAUUUCUUAUUUAAACUCUUCAUAAGUCAACGAUUGAAUGAACGAAGCUAUAGAAUUAGUUUGGUGUUUCAAUAGAUUUUAAAAGGGUCUACUACUGAAAAAUUUAAAAGUUUUAAAAAGUGUAAAAAUUAAACUUUACCUAUCUUUAAACAUUAAUUUGUGGGUUAUUGUGCGAAUAUGUAGAAAUUCUUUCUAUUACUUAUUUAUUUAUAAUAUUUGAACAAUGCAAAAUGAAACAAAAUAUAGACGAAUAUCGUUUUCAUAGUAUCAAAAAUCACUUCGGUUUUUGUUCUUUAAAUUGAAUAGAAUUCCAAAUAUUGUCUCACAAGAAAAUUAUGCAUUGUUACUUAAAUUUAAAAGUUAACAUAAAAUAACAUCCAAUAUAAAAUUUCAGAAUUUUUAAUCCUCAUUUACACCAUAGUUGUCAACAAAAUGUUGUUCACAGUUUUCUUCAAAAAAUGUCAAUUUAUUCUGUAGUGAAUUUGGUAGUUACAUGUUGCUGCGUGUCAAGAAAUUGGCAACGAAUUGCCGAAAUUUGUUGAAUCUCAGUUUACAACUCAGAUGUAAACGUGGUUUUAGAGUCUUUAGUUAAUCAUGGAUUGUCAUAUGUAAAUCAAUAGUUUCAACUUGAAAUACUGUAAUAUUCUGUAUCUCUGAUAUUUCUAAAUCUUCUAAAAUUUCAAUACCACUAUACUGUAAUAUUUGAUUAUGUAUUAAAACUGUAUGAGUCUCUUCUAAACUCCUCUAUUAUGUAACAUGUUACUUGACUGCACUUCCAAAAUACAGUCUCAUUUUCAGUUUAAGAAUAUACAGUGCAAUAUCUCGUUAUUUUUUCGAAUGUAAUACGGUAUUCAAAUUAUAAUUUUUGUUAUUGGUAUUGUAAUGAAACCAAAUUGUGAUAUUUACAGAGGUGAAGAAGCACACUAAUUAGUAUUAUGUCAAAAUAUGGUUCAUUCUAGUUAUUGUCAAAAAUAAUGAGCCUAAAAAUCAAGUUUAGUAGUUUUGUUUAUAAUAGUAUUUUUAUGUAACAAUAGACAUUAGAAGGAUCACUUUCGUAUUGUUUUAGAAGUUAGAAAAAUAAUUAUUGAUGAGUGUUUCAUCAUUUUGAAGUUGAUUGAUAUAGUAUAAUGAUUAGUUGUCUGUGUAAUAAUUAGGUUCGUUUACAAUAAAAUUUAUUGAAAAGUAA